CAUUUGAUACGUUACACAUCUAAUAGAAUCAAGACACAGACAGAGAAGACAUAUUGUCAAUACACACCGCGUUUUAUUUCAUUUCAAUUUUAUGGCAAACAAAGUCGUACGUCCAAAGGUUUUUCGUGAUCUCCGAUGUUUUGCUCGGUGUCUCAACACCGCUCCAACUGCCACGCCGAUGAAUUACACCAGCAACUAUGAUGCUACAAACGUAGCAUCACCCGCGGACCAAUUAGUCGUUCCUGAAAAAAAAGUGAUCAAGUUUGAUGAUGUAAAGGAAUUGUUUAUGGGUGUUUCCACCUCAAAGUUGAUUAGGUCAUCGUUGACACUUCAAAUGGCAUCGAUUGAGCCUAUGGUUGACAUGGGUAUUUGGGUAAUGAAUUCUAAGCUCAUGCACAUGCCAAUAUUCAGGGAGCUAAUAAUGGGGUUUGUUAAAAAUACAUUUUAUGAACAUUUUUGUGCUGGAAAAGACUUAGAAGAAGUACGAAGGACGGUUACUAAGUUGUCGAAUGUUGGAUUAAAAGUCAUGCUUGAUUAUGGUGCUGAGCAUGCUACCGAUAAUGAGUCUUGUGAUCAUAGUAUGAACGUGUUUCUUCAGACGGCUGAAUCAACCAAGUCGCUUCCAUCCUCUUCUGUGAGCUUUGUGGUAGUGAAGGUAACUGCACUUUGUACACCAAAGCUGCUCAAAAGAGUUAGCGAUUUACUAAGAUGGGAACACAAAAAUCCUUCCUUCAAUCUCCCAUGGAAGCACAAGGCACUUCCACUUUUCGCCGAUUCGAGCCCUCUUUAUCAAACAACAGAUAAACCUGAGCCUUUAACGGUUGAUGAAGAGCGUGAUCUCGAAUUGGCUCAUGAUAGAUUCAUGAAAAUAUGCAAGAGAUGCUUGGAACUUGAUGUUCAAUUACUAAUUGAUGCAGAGGAUACAUCUAUUCAACCCGCAAUCGAUUACUUUGCUUAUUCUGCAGCAAUUAAGUACCACAAAGACGACCACCCUUUGAUAUUCGGAACAAUUCAAGCUUACUUGAAAGACUCCAAGGAACGAAUGGUGAUCGCGAAAAAGGCUGCAGAGAAAAUGGGAGUUCCAAUGGGUUUUAAACUUGUGAGAGGUGCUUAUAUGUCAAGUGAAAAUGAGUUGGCUUCUAGUUUAGGUUUUAAGUCUCCGAUUCACGAUAGUAUUCAGCAAACACAUGAUUGCUACAAUUCUUGUGCUGAGUUUAUGAUUGACGAGAUUGCAAAUGGCUCUGGUGCAGUUGUUCUUGCAACUCAUAAUAUUGAGUCAGGAAACCUUGCUGCAUCCAAGGCUAUAGAUUUAGGAAUCAGGAAGGAUAGUCAAAAGCUCCAAUUUGCUCAGUUAUAUGGCAUGGCACAAGGGCUUACAUUUGGCCUGAGAAAUGCAGGAUUUCAGGUGAGCAAGUAUUUGCCAUUUGGACCUGUAGAGCAAGUUAUGCCGUACCUUAUAAGAAGAGCUGAAGAAAACAGAGGCCUCUUGUCUUCAUCUGCCUUCGACAGGCAACUCAUGAGGAAGGAGUUAACCAGGAGAUUUGAAGUGGCAACUUCAUGAAUCCAUAUUAAUGGGAGUGGAUAUGCAUAUAGUACUACGAAUAAUGCGAGGAGCCAUGUCCAAGCUUGUAACGGAGGCACAGGGCAAUUGACGCUCCAAUCCUUAAUUCAUUAUUUUAGCACGUUAACGUUUUUUUUUUUUUUUUUUUUUUAUUAAAAGCUGUCAGCAAUAUUAUUGCACAGCACUAUUUAUUAAAGUUUUCGGCUUGUGGGCCUUGGUAAAAAAAAAAAGGGACCAAGCAAGGAAGUGCAACCAUUGGCCUUACUAACAAAAGGGGGAAGUGAAGGAGAUAAUGAGCUCGCAAUUGUAAUAGCUAGUGCCUUUCGCACCAAGAACAGUCCGCUUGUAAUAAGUGGAGUAGUAUCUUUCUUCAUGGGCAAUAGGUAAGAUCUAGUCAUCUUUUUGUAGUACGGAAGUUUAUUCCUCCUUUUGUAUUACUCCUUUUGUUAUUGGUUUACAAUAAUACAAACCAAAGCUGCCGAAAUGAUUAAAAGCAUAGACCUUUAUUUAUUGCUCCA